CACUUAUCUCUACACCUGGAUGGUAUACGUAGACAGUGUGACACAAUACUUCAUCUUCUCCUGGCAUUGUGGAUACCAAGGGUCAAGGUAUGUCCACUCCGGCUUCCCAGGGGGUUCUACGGCCUGUUCUGAUUGGCUGUUUUUUUAUGGCGUGCUUCGUGGGAAUAUUCUUAAUUUACUACAAACCCCAGAUCAAGUUCCAUUCAUGCCCAACUGACCAGGCAUCCCACGAGUGGAAGGCUGGUUGUUCUCCUUGCCCUCAAGUAAGUAUGGCAGGGAACCACACUGGGCAAAAAACACACCAUGCCCAGACAGCCAUUCAGGCCGAUGAUGACGGAGACACAGACACUAUCAUUUUGAUCUGGAUGUGGCCAUUUGGUCAGGCCUUUGACAUAGACUCUUGUGCCUACUUUAACAUCAAAGGCUGUCACCUAACAGUGGAUAAAAACCUUUACAGCAAGGCGCACGGUGUCAUCUUCCACCAUAGAGACAUCCAUGGAGACCUGAAGAACAUGCCCCAAGAGCAACGUCCAUGGUUCCAGAAAUGGGUGUGGUGGAAUGGAGAAUCACCGGCUAAUACAAACAGGAUCCCUGGUGUUGACCACUUGUUKAAUUUGACUGCGAGUUAUCGACUGGAUUCUGAWAUCAAGGUUCCAUAUGGGUCACUUGUUGAGGUAACCAGUGAGGAUAAAAUCUUUGAGCUGCCCAAGAAGGACAAAUUAGUCUGCUGGYUAGUGAGCAACUGGAACCCAAACUACAAGAGGGUACAGGUGUUCAACGAGCUCAGUAGGCAUGUCAAAGUAGAGGCCUAUGGGAGACAUUUUAGUAGAUACCUAGAAAACGAAGACUACUCAAAGACGCUGUCCAGCUGUAAAUUCUACCUGGCAUUUGAAAACUCCAUCUACAAAGACUAUGCUACAGAGAAGCUGUUCAACGCUAUGAAGUUGGGAGCAGUGCCCGUUGUUCUAGGUCCAUCCAGGGACAACUACGAGCAAUUUAUCCCAAGGGACUCUUUCAUCCAUGUGAAUGAUUUCUCCUCUACAGAGGAGCUGGCAAAGAAGCUUCUCUUUCUCGACCAGAAUAAUGAAGAAUACAUGAGGUACUUCACCUGGCGAAAGAACUUUAAAGUUCAACAAGGGUAUUUUGGACUUGAGCACACCUGUCGCUCAUGUGAUUACAUUAGAAGAAAUAAAGGAUACAGAACUAUUCCUAAUAUAAAUAAAUGUUUUUGGGGCUAA